AUGGCCUGCUGCGCCUCGGGGAACUCCUGGACACCGCUGGAGAUCCGCGCCAGGGCGCUGCCAGACGAAGCCGACGACGCAGGGGAUCCCUCGAUGCUCUUCCACAUGUACACCGUCGCAUCGGACGUUCUACUGAAGAUGACGAGGGUGGAGCCACACGAGGAGUUGAAGGCACGGGGCGACCUCACCUUUUUCAGUGAGGACAUCGGGAGGGCAGCUUUCGUGUCGCACCAGUGGCUUGCCAAGCACCACCCCGACCCCGACUUCAAGCAGAUGUACAUUCUACAGGGUGCUGUCAGGCAGCUCCUUCAGAGUCGUGGAUAUGUUUCGCUGGACGCACCCACGGAAAUGGUUGUGGGAACGGCCAAGCCGUUCCCGAUGGAGGCCUUUCAGGUGGAGCCCCUGUUUUUCUGGUACGACUAUUUCUCAUGCCCACAGCACAACGAUGGCCAGCAGGCCGACGCAAUUGGCAGCAUCCCAGCCUAUGUAGCAAGGAGCCACUUUUUUCUGGCGCUGUGCCCCGUGCUCGAUUGCCCCUUGGAGGCCAAGGUGUUAUCCGUGCAAAGUUGGAGUACACGAGCAUGGUGCCGCCUAGAAAGAGCUGCACGAGAGCUGUCGCCGGACAGCUGCUGGAUUCUGAUAGAGAGCGAGACUUCCAUGAAAGCUGUUGGUACAGCGCUGUCAUUUCCGACUGGCCCCGUCGGGGAAGGCGACUUUACAGUGGCGGACGAUCGCCAGAAGCUGGCCCCUGUUUUGCGGAAGAUUCUUAUGCAAAAGCUGAACCACUCCUUGCGAGUGGGCGACCUCCCUGGAUUCCGGCGCCACUUCAACCUACAGACUGUUCAUCUGCGUGGGCUGGAGAUCCUGCCGUUGGCUGGCAUGCUCUCCAGCUGCGAGGGCGAUGGUGGCAUGGUGGCAGAGUUUCUGCACCAGAACGGCUUUAGGAACGUCGGCGAGGCCGACAGCGCCGGGUGGCGGCCGCUGCACUACGCAGCGUUGGCUGGGAACACCGAGGUGUUGAGAGGCCUGCUGGAGCAGCGCGCAGAUGUGAACCGGCGGACGUCGAAGGACGAGCCGAUGCUUGGGUUUCCGAUCUGGACGUCGGCAUUGGACUUGGCGGCUUUCUUCAAGCACCAGGAGGCCACGCAGUUGCUUCUGGAGGCGAGGGCCCAACUUGAAGCUAGACUCACUCUCGGCGCCAUGUACAUUGCAGCCAUGUCUGACAAUGUCGAGGGUAUUCGACUACUGUGUCGAGCAGGCGGCAAACCCUUGGCUAAGAACUUGCUAGUUAGUGGCACUUCCUUGGAGUUUGCUGCCGCUUCGGGAGCCACAGCAGCCAUGGAUGAGCUGAUGCUCCAGGGCUGCCCGGGUUUGCCGGAGCUUUCACGGGCACUCUGGUCUGCAUCAUUCUCUCGCGGGGGUUCUGCAGAGCUGGUGCAGCGCCUGAUGGGCCUCCGCGCUGACAUCAAUUUCCAGCUCAAUUUGCGGCGCGACUUGAGGCGGACCAGCCGGCUGCUAUAUGGGGCGAAAUCCUUGCAGUAUUGGUUGGGCCGAACAACUGUCCUGACCUCCAUGGCCUACCACAUGCAUGGCAGCACACCGCUAAUGCAGUGCAUCAAUUCUUCUCAGUUCGAGGGUGCCGCAGCUCUCAUCGCGGCCGGCGCCAGACUAGACAUCCGGAACUGCCGCAACUGGACUGCGGCCGACUUUGCCAAGGGCCGGUCGGUCCCUGAUUUCCUGCAGCUGGGCCUGGAGGGGGACCGAUCGGAGUGCCGGCGCGUGUUCUCACUGGCCCUGGCUGAUGGCUACGUCGAAGUUCGCUUUUGA